UGUGACAAAGUGGACCAUAAUGGCUACAAAGACAUCACAUUUAGUUUCUCUUGUUCUAUCCUUGAUUCUUCUGCUGUUAUUUGUCUCCUCUCAAGUUGGUCUCGCCGAAGCCAAACGCUAUCAACGUAAAAUGUCACCGUCUCCCCCUAUGCCUCCCCCUCCCCCUCGUUUUUAUGUACCUCCUUCGAAAUCGCGCAGAGGAAAAGGGCCAUAAAGAAAAUGCAUAUCAAUAUCUUAAUCACUGAGGAAGUUACAUAUACAUGUAGACUUGUGGUCAUUUAUCAAUUUAAUGAUUAUGUUUUUCUAUUAUUUGUGUGGUUAGCUUUGGUAAACCCUUGAUAAGUUAUAUAUUAAAUUCAAAUUGAGGAUGUAACAAAUAAAAACUAUGCAUUUGUUCAAAAAAAACUAUUAAAAAACUAUGCUACUACUACAGAUGAUAAAUUAAACUUACAUAUAUAGAUCAUAACUCACACCUAUAUAUCUUUUAAUCUGGGGGACGCAGCCAUAUAUGGUCGUAUGUGAGAUCUUUGUAAUGAUUUUAUUUUGUCGUCUGUAAUAUUAUAUUAUUCAAAAUUAUUAAGAUAAUAACAAAGACAAUUAAAUCGUC